AUGUCCGAUGAGGAAUCCUCAGAUGGCGAAGAGUAAAUUAAUUUAGAAUAAAUAAAAUACAAUAGUUUAAUAAUUGAAGCAUAUAAUUCUUUCCAAAAAAGGGAUUUAAAACAAGCCAUUGAAUAUUAUAAUAAGGCUUUACUAGAUUUAGAACAUUAUUAAGAUUUUGAUAGAAUAGCACUUGUAUAGGCUAAUUUGGCAGUAAUUUAUUUCCAUAGUUGUUAAUAUAAAUAAUCUGAAUAACUUUUAAAAAAAUCACUAUAAACACUAGAAAAGGUAAAUUAAAUAUCUGAACAUAGAAAUGCAUUAUAUGUAAAGAUUUAUGCUAAUUUAUGUGUUGUGUAUAUUAUUUUGAAUAGAUAUGAUGAGGCUUAAUAAUCUAAUGAAUAAGCUAUUAAUAUUAUAAUAAAUAGUUAAGAUAAAUAAAAAAAAGAUCUUCUUGAAGAAUUAGUUUAUUUAUAUUUUAGAUUUAUUUCAUUUAAAAAUAUGGGUGAUGGUUAAUUUGAUAAUUUAGAAUCAAAAUAUCAAGGUGCUACUUUAGCUUGUUUUUAUUCUAGUAUGGCAUUAAAUAGAGAAUUAUGUAAUGAUUUAGUAGGAGCUGUAAAUUAUCAUUAAAAAGCUUUGAAAGUAUGGGAAUAAGUUAAUGAUUAGGGAUUUAUUAUUAUAUCUUUAAAACAUUUAAUUUAUUUACUUUAAAAUCUUAAUGAAUCUUAAAAUAAUAUAAUUUAAUAUUAAAAUAUGUUGAAUUAUUAUUUAUAAACUGAUGAAUUUAAAGGAAUUAAUCCUGAAACACUAUUUAAAGAUUUUGAAAAUAAAAUUAAUUGUGCGAAAUAAGUUAAUAUUAAAAAAAUAUUUAUAUAAAUUAAUAUAUAUUAUGUUUAUUUUAAAAAAAAAAAAAAAUAGAUAACAAAUAGUGUAAAAAGAUUAGAAAAUGGAUUAAAUGAUUAAAUUUUAAAUAUAUCAUCUAAUAGUUUAUUAAAAUAAAAUAAUGCAGAGGUUUUAAAUGAUUUCGGAGAAAAUUUUUGGAAAUAAGCUUUAAGAUUAAGAUUAACUAGUUCUAUAAGAUAUAGUUAAUAAAUUAUUUAAGGAAAGAAAUUAGAUUAAGAACAAAAAUAAGCUCUUUAAAUUGGAUUAGAUUAAAUGAAAUAAACUAUAAUAAUGCUAAAAUAAGAAAAACAUCCAUUAGUAGAAAAAUAAUUAAUAAAUAUGCCUUUUACAUAAUAAGCAGUCAGUAAUUUAAAGGCAUCCAUAAGUAAAUUAAAUAAAAUGAUUUUAAAAUUUAUUUUUUUGGAUGCCUUUGAUAAAUUAUAAAUGAAUGCUGUUAAUAAAUCUAGAUUAUCUGCAGUUAAUAGACAAUAAAAAAAAAUUAACAAUAUAAUUGAAAAUGCUUAUAAAUAUACCAUGGUAGGAGAUUAUUUAUUAAAAUGCAAUAAGACUUCUAACGGUAGAUUAUAAAAAUUCUUUAAAUUAGCUCAAGACUGUACUUUAAGAUGGACUGCAAGAGAAAAAAAUAUAAAUAAUAAAUCUAAAGUUUAAUUUUAUCAUAUGUAAGAAGUUAGAGGUGUUGUUUAUGGAAAAGUAACUGACGUAAUGUGUAAACCUUAUAAUAAAAAAUUAUAAUCUUGGCUCUGCUUUUCUCUUAUAUUAAAAAGUAGAUCUUUAGAUUUUUUCUGUGAACCAGAUUAAAUUAAUAAAUGGCUAAUUGCUUUAGGAUCCGAAACUAAGAAGUUUAAUCCUGGUUCAUAUGCACUUAGGCCUGCGUAGGUUUAUUGGAGAAAAAUGAAACUUAUAUUAUAUUAUUACUUUGUCGAACCUCAUUUGUAGAAAGGGAAAACUUUCUAUCAUUCGUUUGUUAAGGUUAUUAUUGCUUUUGGAAGAAAUUAAUAUAAACUACCGAUAAUUAAUAAUACAAAAUGA